GGACCCCAGACGCGGCCGGCGGACUCCCCCGCUGCCACCGCCUCCCUCAGGAAGUGGACAGAUCCGCGGGAUCCAGCGGUCCCCCAGUCCCCGGGGAGGGGAGGAGCGCCCGGUGGGCCCUGGCCGCGCCCCGCCCCGUCCUGCGCGCCCCUCCCCUGCACUCCCUCCCCGGCCGCCGAGGGGCCGGGCCGGGACUGCUCGCUCGCCGGCUGCGCUUUGGGCGGCCCGACUGAGCCGCCGGACCUCGCGCCCAGCGCGCCCUGCGCCGCGGCCGCCGGCUUUUGUUGUCCCCGCCUCUUCUGCUGCCGCCGCCUGCGGACCGCGAGCCUCGCGCCGGGACCUUGGCUCUGCCCUUCGCGGGCCGGGGCUGCGCGGGCCCGGCGGGAUCCCAGAGAGGCGCGGCGGGCUGCGGGGGGCGCCGCCGCCCCGCCAUGGAGCUCGGGGCCGGAGGCUGGUGGCUGCUGUGCGCGGCCGCCGCGCUGGCCGCCUGCGCCCUCGGAGACCCUGCCAGCAAGAGCCGGAGCUGCAGCGAAGUCCGCCAGAUCUACGGCGCCAAGGGCUUCAGCCUGAGCGACGUGCCCCAGGCGGAGAUCUCGGGUGAGCACCUGCGCAUCUGCUCCCAGGGCUACACUUGCUGCACCAGCGAGAUGGAGGAGAACCUGGCCAACCGCAGCCGUGCAGAGCUGGAGACUGCGCUCCUGGACAGCGGCCGUGCCCUGCAGGCCACGCUGGCCGCCCAGCUACGGGGCUUUGACGGUCACUUCCAGCACCUGCUCAACGACUCAGAGCGGGCACUACAGGACACCUUUCCCAGCGCCUUUGGCGAGCUGUACACGCAGAGCGCCAGGGCCUUCCGGGACCUGUACACGGAGCUGCGUCUCUACUACCGCGGUGCCGACCUGCAGCUGGAGGACACGCUGGCCGAGUUCUGGGCCCGCCUGCUCGAGCGCCUGUUCAGGCAGCCGCACCCCCAGCGCCUGCUGCCGGACGACUACCUGGACUGCCUGGGCAAGCAGGCCGAGGCACUGCGGCCCUUCGGGGAUGCCCCGCGUGAGCUGCGCCUGCGUGCCACCCGCGCCUUUGUGGCUGCUCGCACCUUCGUGCAGGGCCUGGGCGUGGCUGGCGACGUGGUCCGGAAGGUGGCCCAGGUUCCCCUGGGCCCCGAGUGCUCGCGGGCCGUCAUGAAGCUGGUGUACUGUGCGCAUUGCCUGGGGGUCCCCAGCGCCCGGCCCUGCCCGGACUACUGCCGCAACGUGUUCAAGGGCUGCCUGGCCAACCAGGCCGACCUGGACGCCGAGUGGAGGAACCUUCUGGACUCCAUGGUGCUCAUCACCGACAAGUUCUGGGGCCCGUCUGGCGCGGAGAGCGUCAUCGGCAACGUGCACGUGUGGCUGGCAGAGGCCAUCAGCGCCCUCCAGGACAACAGGGACACACUCACGACCAAGGUCAUCCAGAGCUGCGGGAACCCCCAGGUGAACCCUCCGGGCCCCGGGCCUGAGGAGAAGCGGCACCGAGGCAAGCUGGUCCUGCAGGAGAAGCCACCCACAGGCACAUUGGAGAGGCUGGUCUCCGAGGCCAAGGCCCAGCUCCGUGACGCCCAGGACUUCUGGAUCAGUCUCCCAGGGACACUGUGCAGCGAGAAGAUGGCCAUGAGUGCUGCCAGUGACGACCGCUGCUGGAACGGGAUGGCCAAGGGCCGGUACCUCCCCGAGGUGAUGGGUGAUGGGCUGGCCAACCAGAUCAACAACCCUGAGGUGGAGGUGGACAUCACCAAGCCCGACAUGACCAUCCGCCAGCAGAUCAUGCAGCUGAAGAUCAUGACCAACCGGCUGCGAAGUGCUUACAACGGCGAGGACUCGGACUUCCAGGAUGCCAGUGACGAUGGCAGCGGCUCGGGCAGUGGCGAUGGCUGCCCUGAGGAUAUCUGCGGCCGGAGAAUCAACAGGAAGAGCUCCAGCUCCAGCUCACGGACACCCCUGACCCAUGCCCUCCCCGGCUUGUCGGAGCGGGAGGGGCAGAAGACCUCAGCCGCGGCCCACUGCCCCCAGGCCUGCACAGCCCUCCUGCUCCUGUCCCUGGUCCUCUCAGCGGCCAGGCCCCGGUGGCGGUAACCACCCCCAGCUCCAGGGACGAGGCCAGGGACAGACCUUGCCAAACGUGAAACAGACGAUAUUUAACUCCCCUCGGCCUAGAGGCCGCAGGCAGGGCAGGGAGGGCCAGAGAAGGAGUGCUGCUGGGAGACUGCACUGGGGUGGGGCAUGUGCUGCCGGCCCCCCAGGCCUGGCCUUGCUGUCACCCUGGCUCUUCUGUAUGAGGCCCUCAGGUCAGCUGGGAAUAAUGUCCCCAAAAGCCAUGUAUUUCAGGGACCUUGGGGAUGGAUGCCGGUGGCCGCCCUCUGCCUGCCCGCCUGCCUCGCCCCAGCUCCCUGCAGCGUCACAGCAGCAGUGCCUGGGAGGCGCCCUGAGCAGUGUCCCCUGGACAGCACGAGCGAGCCUGUGCCUUCCUCUUCCGCCUUCUCCUGCUGAGAACUAGGGGCUCCCACUCCUCAGUGCCCCGAGCAUCCCUGAGAGGGUGUCGGGGUUUCUGCCAUCCAGGGCCUUCGCAGGGUCUUUGAGAUUUUGCAUGAACCCUUCGUAUGCAGCCAGGCCCCCUACCCUGUGAUGCUGCCAGCCCCCAGAGCCCCGGUGUCGGGUGAGAGCCUGGCUGGCGAGGUGGGCCCUCCGGACCUUGCCAAAGACCAGCAGCGAGGGGCCUGGGUGCAGCCGGCACGCACGCAUCCGGGUUUUGCCCUCAGCUGUCUGGGGUGGGGUGGCUGCUCCUGGCUGCCCCAGGAGAGCAGGCCCAGGCGUCCCCUUCACGUGGAACCAGGUCCAUGGCCGGCACAGGACCUACGGGGGGGGGCAGCCGGGCCACUGUCCUCCGUCCUGUCACCCCUCCUCCCCAGACCCAGGUCCCAGCUCAGGAUGAAACAGGUCAGGGCUGUGGUGACCCACGGCUGUCACCUGGCCACAGGGAUGCUGGGCGGCGGGUGAAAGUUCAGCUCAGGGCCAGUGAGUCCUGGCACCACAAGCCAGAGGGACGCCUGGUCCCUUCCUGACCCCGCCCCCGCAGGGAGCCAGGGGGGCUUUGCCAGUUAAGGGCUUUUCCAGACACGCAGACAUUUACAGAUGCCUCUCAUCCUUGCUGCCUGAGAGCCGCUUCCUCAGCUCCUCCCUAACAGCCUUACAGGGACCCGGGCCCCAGCUGCUGCCAGUCCUGGGGCGGGGUUCAGGCGGGGGCCGUGGUCCUGGAGGUCCGGGGGACGCCGAGCCAGCGUGGGCAGGGACAGUGGUCUUAACCAUCACUGAGCCCCUGUGAAGUUCGCUUGGUGUGGCUCUGGUUUUCCUGGUGGGGUGGGGAGGCCUCCGGCCACUGGUCAGGACCCUGGUGUGGCCCUCGCAUGUGUUGGCUCCAGGGCCCCCAGCCUGUGGCUCCACCAGGCAGCCCAGUCCUACAGGCAGGCACACCCACCCCACGAUGGCCCCGCUAGUGUCCGACUGGGGGCCGAGCCUGGGGCCUCCUUCCCUGUGGGCGAGGGCCAGCUGGACUCGCAGGGACUGGGGUGCCAGGAUGGCAGCACUUGUGCUGCUCAGGGAUGGCCCCAAGGGGGUCUGUGCUCUGGUCCCGCCCUCUGUGCAUCUCUGCAAGGGGCGGCCCUGCCGGUCACUGGCCAGGCAGCAGCCAGGCCUGGGUCCUGCCACACGGGGUCAGCAGGUGACGUGUAUUCUUUGAGUCCUCGUAUGAAUAAAAGGCUGGAGACUUCA